GUAAUUCCCCCGCUUUCCUCAAUAUCUGAAAUCAUGGGGAAACGCUCACGCUCAUCUUCUGAACUCUCAGAGUCAGAAACUUCCAACACUGCUCAAGCAGUUCCUCAUUUCACAUCGUCAUUACCAUCUUCCUCUAAGAAACUUUCCAAGCUCGAUCCGGAAUUAUCGGAGAGCGACGGCGAGAAACCUGAAGGCCACAAAAUAACUAUGAGAUGCUCGUUACCCCCACAUAGAGAGACACUCUCGUUUCCAGAUCUCGAUAGUUUUGAAGUACACUACAAGAAAACGCAUUCUAACAGAUGUCUGGAGUGCCGAAGAAAUUUCCCUACUGAGCAUUUCCUGUCUUUACAUAUUCAAGAAAACCAUGAUGCAAUCACGGCGGUUCUUAGGGAGCGGGGUGAGAAGACGGUAGGUCCCUCUUUCUCCUGCACAUUCCAUGAGCCCUUACUGAUGAUUUCAGUACGCAUGCUUUGUUGAAGAUUGUGAUCGCGUGUGUUCUACCCCAGAAAAGCGCCGCUUGCAUCUGAUUGAUAAACACGCUUAUCCGAAGGAUUACGAUUUCGUAGUGGUGGACACUGGGGUAGAUAUGAGAAGCUCUAUGCUCAUUUCGGGAAGACAUCGCCGGAGGAGUCCAGCAACCCACAAGAAAGAAAUGGAAGACAGAGCGAAAAGAAGAAACUCGGCUUUGAAAACGUUCACAACCACGGAGAAAGAACAAACUGAAUCCAAAAGGGCCGCGGCUACCGAGAAGUCUUCUACUCAAAAGGAUCUUGAUAUGAAUGGGCUGACGAAUGCCAUGUCUUCCCUAAAAUUCAUUCCUACGAGUGUGAAAUUUGGUCGAGGUCGUGGCCGAGGAGGAUUUAGUAGGACAUGA